AAUGGUGGUGUCGCUGCCCGCAGAGCCGCUCUUGGUGGCCGAUGGUCCCUGGCGAUGGGGCUGGAGCGCAGCUGCGGGGCGGAUGGGAGUGGAUUGCUUGCGGGCCCCAUUUCCUUGGCUGGGCCUGUGCUGCCGCGGGGUUGCGGAGCGCCGGGCUUCCGGAGCAGCCGCUUGACUCGGAGGGAGUUUUGCGGCUCAACAUCUCUUUUCCGGCUACUGGCUGCCAGAAGCUCAUUGAAGUAGAUGAUGAGCGUAAGCUCAGGACAUUUUAUGAAAAACGAAUGGCCACGGAAGUGCUGGCUGAUUCCCUUGGUGAGGAGUGGAAGGGAUACGUUGUCCGGAUAAGCGGUGGCAAUGACAAGCAAGGCUUCCCCAUGAAGCAGGGUGUCCUGACCCAUGGACGUGUCCGCCUUCUGCUCAGCAAGGGCCAUUCCUGCUACCGCCCCAGGAGAACCGGCGAGAGGAAGCGCAAGUCUGUCCGUGGCUGCAUUGUUGAUGCAAACCUGAGUGUCCUGAACUUGGUCAUAGUGAAAAAGGGUGAAAAGGACAUUCCUGGGCUGACUGACACAACUGUGCCCCGUCGUCUCGGUCCCAAGAGGGCCAGCAGGAUCCGCAAGCUGUUCAACCUCUCUAAGGAAGAUGAUGUUCGCCAGUAUGUUGUGAGGAAGCCUCUGAACAAAGAGGGCAAGAAGCCCCGAACAAAGGCUCCCAAGAUCCAGCGGCUGGUGACUCCUCGAGUGCUGCAGCACAAGCGCCGGCGUAUUGCCCUGAAGAAGCAGCGCACUCAGAAGAACAAGGAGGAAGCUGCCGAGUACGCGAAGCUGUUGGCCAAGCGGAUGAAGGAAGCCAAGGAGAAACGCCAGGAGCAGAUUGCCAAGAGGCGCCGGCUUUCUUCUUUGAGAGCUUCUACAUCCAAGUCUGAAUCAAGUCAGAAGUAAAGAUGUUGUGCACAAUACUAAAAAGACUUACAUUUAAUAACUAAUAAACUGCUUUGGUGGUGAACUUUCA